AUGUCAGAUAGAAGCAACGAACCUACCCAGAACUCUGGACAGCCGUUUAACUUUGCCGCCUCAUUCCGCGAGACUGACCCACCAAACCCCAAUUGGCAACUGAGGCAGGGCCUCCCAGACCAUGUCGAACCUGGAAAGUCGUGGAAAGCAGAAGAAGAGAAAGGCUGGAAGACUUGGAACCUCUCAGACAUAUCGUCAAGGGAGAUAUAUCCUUUAUUGACUUCAUGCAUCGUGCCUCGCCCCAUCGCGCUUGUGUCCAGCACGUCUUCCAAUGGGAUACCUAACCUUGCUCCCUACUUUUCGAUGGUCGCGCACAAUCCGCCGUUAUUGAGCAUUUCCUUCUCUCAUUCUCCGCGGACUGGGAAGUCAAAAGAUACCAAAGAAAAUAUACUCGCGACAAAACAGUUUACCGUAAGCAUCGUCAGCGAACCAUUCAUAGAAGCAGCAAAUAUCACAACUGUCGACGCCCCUGCUGAUAUCGACGAGUGGGACAUCAGUGGUCUAACCAGAUCUGCCAGCGCAAGUCCAUUCCGUUUAGCAGCCGCAGCACUUAUAGACGUGAGGCCCCCAUGGGUCAAAGAAAGUGCCAUCAGUUUUGAAUGCGAGUUGUUCCAUUCCUACGAGAUUCGUCCGCCCAAUUCGGACGAGGUCACGAACACAUUGGUCUUGGGUCUCAUAAAGCGGACACAUAUUAGAGAGUCCGUUUUGACUGCAAGCGGUACCGUUGAUCCCGCUAAGCUUCGGGCCGUGUCGCGCUUAGGCGGUGAUAUGUACGCGAGGAUCGGUGAAGGUUUCGAACUUUCCAGGCCACCUUGGACAGUGAUACGAAGUCAAGUCACGUCUGAAACUGAGUAGGAAGUCUGUUGCACUAUAGCGGAUACGAGCUCGCAUUGAUAGAAGGGUCCGCAUGUUCAUAUCAGUUUGCAUUUGGAAGGUUUCAGGUCGAGGGAUGCGAACGUUUCGAAGAUGCCGAGACAACGUUCCUUUGCGUAACCAUCAACCACUGAGAAGAGUCACGGAUAUGGAAUGCGUGUCAAUGGACCUGAUCUUUGUAGCGAA